CCAGCCCCGCCGUCGCGCUGUUCCCUGCGGCGCCAUGAGCGGGCUGGGGCCGCAGCGGGAGCUGGAGGAGGCCGCUGCCCUGGAGCGCCGGCGGCGGCGGGAGCUGCUGCGGCGGGGCCGCAUCUUCAACCCGCGGAUCCGCACUAUCGGGAUUGAUAAAGAUGCAUUGGAUGCACAGGUCAAGGAGAGGAAAAUUCAAGAAGCAGCUGAAAAAGCAGAACAUGAGAGAUUUGCUCAUGACAUGAAGAAAAAUGACAAGCUCAUGUGUCUGCUAGAAGAACGCCAGAAAAAUGAAAUCAAAGACAUGAACAGGGCUCUAACUGAAUUUCAUAAGAAUUUUCAGAAGCCGGAAACAAGGCGUGAAUUUGACCUGAAUGAUCCACAAGCCCUAAAGAAAGACAGACCUGCUCGAGUUUCAGAUGAUGAUCCUCGGUGCACCAUAUCUGGCAUGCAGAAGUUUAUGGGUGAAGACUUAAACUAUGAUCAGAGGAUGAAGUUUCAGAAGGAGCAGUUGAGGGAGUGGUCUCUUCAGCAACAGAAAGACUCAAAAAAUGCAUUAGCCGACCAAAAAUUGGCAGAUGAUCUUUAUGACAAGUUUAGGAUUGAACUUGACCGAAAGAUUAUGGAAGAACAGAGAAAAGAAGAGGAAAGCAGGCGUGCUGUUUGUACAGCUACUAAAAAUUUCAAUAGAAUCCAGGCUGCUGAAGUAGAUCAUAAAAAUGAAUUGGAAAAGGCUCAAAAAAUAAAAGAUGACAUGGAUGAAAUUACCUGCCUCCUUCGAGGAGACUUCCUUUCUGAAAACCCUGACCAAGCAUUCAGUCCCUGGAGUAAACAUAAUGUGCUGGUGAAUCGAUGGAAGGGAAUGAAUCAGGAGCAGCGGAUGGCAAUUCGUGAAUUUCAGAAGGAGCAAGCUCUGGAGAAACAGAGAGCCAGAGAGCAGGAGCGCCGCAGAGAUGCUGAAUGGGACAGGCAGCGUGUGCAGGCUGCGCGAGCCCAGUUGCUUCAGGAGCGGCACCAGCAGCGGCAGAACCAGGAACAGCGCCGAGAUUUGGAUGCCAUGAAUGCAGGGCUCUCUCAGGAGCAGAAAGCAAAGAAUAUUUAUCUUAAAGAGGAAGAGUAUUCAAAUGUUCCAACAGAGGAGUUUUACGCACAGUUUAAUACAAGCACCCGGUGAUGAUAUGGACAAAUCAACCAGAAUUAUACAGAAGUAUGUAGACACAUUAAAAUUUUCAGUUGAGCAAUCCCAUGUUUUAUUGUUUUUAUCUGUUCCCUGCCCUGUUCAAACACCGCACGCAAACUAAAGGACAGAUCUAUUCUAAGAAAAGGAAAACAUUAUAAUAAUUUUUAAAAAUAAUUGUUGUUCUGAUAGGAUAGUAGAUUCAGUAGUAGGUUGUUUGACUCUUGUGUCUCAGGCUUAGCUGUAAUAUUUACAUUAUUCAUGCCUAUAGAAAUCAAUUUCUGGAAAGAAAUCUGAAUUUUAACUACAGUGCUGCUUUAUGCAACUUGGCCAGAGGGGAAUGCUUCCUGCCAUAGUCCACAAGAGAUGCCCUUUUCUGGGAGGGGAGGAAGAUGACCUAGGCAGAAAAUUUUGUGUUGGUUUGUUUGUGGUUUGGUUUUGUUUUUUUUUUUUUUUAUUUUGGAUUUUCUUAAAGCUAAAAACCCAGCCAGAGAGAAAGACAAGAAAAAAGGCAGAAGUGGUUAAGUUGGUCAGAAAUGUUGUGAACAGUGGGAAUAAGGAGAAAAGAGUUCAAUAGUCAUUGAGGUGAUUAGUGCACUGAGACAUGGCACUGAAACAGAAUGUGUGUAAGAAUUAGUGUGGAAAAGCAGGGGGGAAAGUAUUCUUACGUCCACCCUGAUGCUUUGAAUCACAGAAUCACAGAAUAAUGAGGUUGGAAGAGACCUCUAAGAUCAUCGAGUCCAACCUAUGCCCUAACACCUCAGCUAGACUAUAGCACCAAGUGGCAUGUCCAGCCUUUUAAAAAUACAUCCAGAGGUGGUGAUUCCACCACCUCUCUGGGAAGAGCAUUCCAGUACUUUAUUAUUCCUUCAGUGAAAAAUUUUUUCCUAAUAUCCAACCUAUGCCUUCCCUGAGGUGGCUUGAGACUGCAUCCUCUGGAUCUGUCAGUGCUGCCUGGUGGAAGAGACCAAACCCACCUGUGUACAGCCUUCCUUCAGGAAGGUGUAGAGGGCAAUAAGGUCACCUCUGAGCCUCCUCUUCUCCAGGAAGAAUCCUAAGUUUGUCCAGUUUUUCCUUAGUAGAAGUUGUCACACAGAUUUCUCAGUCCUUUUUACUGACUUAUGUGCUAUAAAAAAAUUGACUAUAUAACAUUUUUGAGAUGAGGGGGUCAGAAGAUUUUAUAGUAAUUAUAUUUUCUGUUUAAUUCCUAUUUUCCUUAAUGCAAAUACUUGUGUACUUAUAUAGAAUUCUAACAUUGGGGGUUUUGGCCAUUGUUUACCACUGAGAGGCAUUUUCAUAGAACUCUAUAGUAUCUCAAAAUAUCUCAAAUAUAUUUUUUUCUUCAGUGUAUCAACUCGUUCAGAUCCCCCAAAAUGUAUAUUUAAAACUGGGGGGAAAGGGGGAGGUGGUUCUUGGUAUGUGUCACUUUUGGGUUUUCCUGUACCAAGCUUCGCCUAACAUUUUAUCUGCCCAUCAUCCUUUUGCUGCACAGGUAGGUUAAUAGGAUCAGGAAAGUAUAUGAUCACAACAUUUACUUCCUUCUUUAGGGUGUUGAAUAGCAUUUCACCCAGGGCUCGUGGGACUUAGCAAUUUCCCUCCAAAGGGAAGUUUCAAAGGGAAUUUUCAUUCUGUGCAACCUGUUACUGUCUAUUUUAUUACACUGUCCUGGACUGUCUGUAAUCAACACCACACCUUGAAAUACUAGCAAUAAGUUCCACAUAAAGCAGUGUUCUGGUUUGGAAACAUCCCUACUCUCCACCACUGUAUUUUUGUGCAUUUUUUGUGAAUACACAAAACAUCCCUUCAACUGUUUGCAGUGACCUUAUUUUUUCUGCUGGUUUAAGAAAUUUUGUCUCCUACAGGGUUCUUUUUAAGAUCACCUGCUUAUGAGGCAUUCAGAAAGGAACAUAAAUUUUAUACCUUUAUUUUAGAGAUCCUUAAACUUUAUUUUUGGACUAUGUUCUUAAGUUUUACAUCCAACUUGCCACAGUUUGAUUUCCCCUCUGCUUCUGGCAUGGACCUUUGGAGGAGUUGACAGCUUCCUUGAAAAGAUUUUCUCUGCUACCUAAUGAUGCUUGGGGAAGAUUUUUCUUCUAAGGUUUGGAUAAUGUUUCAUUUUGUUUACUCUUAUUUUUUUUAGAAGUAUUUUACUUAGCUAGGAAUUUUCACAUUUUCUGGGCAAUUAAUUUAAAAAAUCACUAUGUUAAAAUAUUUUCCCAUAAAAAUAUUUACUUUGCUUUUCUAGGUGUGAGAGACAAAUAAAAGAAAGGAAAAACUGGUUCCCUCUUACCCUCAUGCCAGUAGGCAGUUUAUUUUUUUUCUGGAAAAGUACUUUUAAUUUAAAGUUUAAAGAAAAAUAAGUCUGCUGCUUACUUUGCUAUUUUACAAGAAGAGAUGACUGAGUUUCUAAGUUGUGAUAAUCUAGUGUCAUCUCUUUCACUUCUGAAGCUCAGAAAGGCCUAGUAA